GACACACCUCAGCAACAUAGACAAGCCGAUGUUCCACAGCAUGACCAACAACAACAAGCUGCACAACCUGGGCAACAACAACAAGCUGCACAACCUGGGCAACAACAACAAGCUGCACAGCCUGGACAACAACAACAAGCUGCACAACCUGGGCAACAACAACAAGCUGCACAACCUGGACAACAACAAGCUGCACAACCUGGGCAACAACAACAAGCUGCACAACCUGGACAACAACAACAAGCUGCACAGCCUGGACAACAACAAGAAGCUGCACAACCUGGACAACAACAACAAGCUACACAGCCUGGACAACAACAAGAAGCUGCACAGCCUGGACAACAACAACAAGCUGCACAGCCUGAACAACAACAACAAGCUGCACAGCCUGGACAACAACAACAAAAACAAGCUGCACAGCCUGGACAACAACAACAAGUACCACGUACUCUUCCACAGUAUUCUCCACCGACUACUAGAGCUAAAACUGCAAAAAAGCAGCUGAAGUUUGAAAGCAUGUCAUAGAUAUU